CCAUUUGGUGACGUCACGACGAACUUUCCUGUGAAGGCACGCAUUUUAUCACUUCGGAAGACCCGGUAACGGGAAAGAAAGCAACUACUGAGUCCUUCCGCCUGCGAAUCGAUUCACUUCAUAGAAUCGUUUAAAGACAGGCUCUUUGGAGAGUUGCCCAUCACUGUGCGAUAUUAAAAGGAGCAGUAAGGCCACAAGUACAGCAAUGUAACGGUCCUGGAAACAGCUGCAGCCUUAGCGGCACCGCCUGGCAGUGUGGGAGCCGGAGAGAAGGCAGCAGAUUGUAAAAGUUCUUCUUAGUGAGUAUCGCUGAUGGCUAACUGGCGCUGUAUCUCGUAAUGAUGAGAAUGGCAUCAAACCAUGGAGAGACAAAUGCCCAGAUUUGUGACCAUCUUUUUUUUCUUGGCACUAUCAGGCUUUAUAAUACUCCUCUGCAACAUCACAUCUCUGGAAAAGUUGAGUGGACAAGUUAUAUCAACCUUCUACCAAAUACAGAAUGGCAUCCAGUCAGCCUUCAAAUCCCCUGGAAUCUUGUGGCCACUAGAGUUAAACCACACGUACUGUGCACACUUUGGCCAGGAGCCCACAGCAGAAGAGGCAAAAGAAGAGAGAUAUCUGCUCAAUUCCAUUGCAUGGCCAGGCCCCUUGAUACAAGGCUUGCCUGUGGAGUUUAGCAGUGACCCUUCAAAGAGCUACUUUGUGAUUCAGGGCCCAGCAGAGCAACGCCUAGGCAGUCAGCUUGUGGUUAAUGUUCAUGUGCAGAACUUCCUGGGCCUGCCCAAGAAGCAUGGUGGCGAUUUCCUUAUAGCUCGGCUACAUUCGCCCGAACUCGGCGCUGGCGUUGCAGGGCAGGUGCACGACCAUCAUAAUGGCAACUAUACAGUACUAUUUCCAUUGCUGUGGGCUGGCGUAGCGUGGGUGGAAAUCACCAUGGUGCAUCCGAGUGAAGCAGUGGUGGUGCUCAAGAGGUUGCAAGAGGAGCAACCCAACCGGGUGUUUUUUAAAAGCCUGUUCCGCUCUGGCUUCUUAUCAGAGACCACCGUGUGUAACCUGUGCCUGCCACUCAACCAGCAACCACUCUGCAACUACACUGACCCUGAAACUGGCGAGCCCUGGUACUGCUACAAACCCCAAAUGCUAAGUUGUGACACACGAAUAAAUCAUUAUAAAGGGGGCUACAAGAAAAACCUCAUUACUGAAUAUGAAGCACAGUUUUUCCAGAGUGAUGUAAAUAUCAAAGUUCCUAUACAUGCAUCAGGGAUGGACAAUGUGACUGUAUUACCUGCAGUAAAAGGAAAAGUCAAGAUAAAGAAUAAUUGCAAGACUGCUGGCUACUACUUACACAACUCCUGGAGGCCUUUGAGUGGUGCAGUCAUCCAGCAGUUCAAUGACUCCUCAACCAUAACACAAUGUCUUAGAGGGAAGAUCAUGUACAUGUUUGGAGAUUCCACUGUGCGACAAUGGUUUGAAUACCUCACUGCUUUUGUUCCUGAACUGAAGGAGUUCAACCUUCACAGCCCUAAAAAUGUGGGGCCAUUUAUGGCUGUGGACAGCAGAAACAACAUUCUGGUGAGCUACCGCUGCCAUGGGCCGCCCAUCCGCUUCACCUCAGUACUUUCUUCUGAAUUGCGCUACGUAGCAAAUGAGCUGGACAGGAUCAAGGGUGGGCCGGACACAGUGGUUCUCAUGAGCGUAUGGUCUCACUUCAGCACUUUCCCUAUUGAAGUAUACAUACGGCGCCUACGGCACAUCCGCAGGGCCGUGGUGCGGCUGCUGAACCGUGAGCCAGGAACCUUGGUGGUGAUCCGCACUGCCAAUCUGCAAAAGCUUGACCCAGAGAACAGCCUGUUCAACAGUGAUUGGUUCUCUCUGCAGAUUGAUGCUGUUCUGCGUGCCAUGUUCAGAGGACUCAAUGUGCAGCUGCUGGAUGCCUGGGAGAUGACACUGGCCCAUCACCAACCCCAUCUUCUACAUCCACCUCCCACCAUCAUCAAAAAUAUGAUAGACUUGAUCCUCUCCCACAUUUGUCCAGUUGGGACAAAAAAGAGGAGUUAACAAAAGGUCUAAAAUAUAAUAAGCACAGCUCUGUUUCUAAAGCAUUUGCCACAGUCGGGCAGUGCCAGAGAUUUUCUAGUGCUGGUACUAUGGGGCUGCUUGACUUUUCAGUGAGGGUGCUCUGAAAGGUAGGGUUUCCUAUUAAUGUGCCGGUUGCCACAAUUUAAUUACCUCCGCCAAGAAGAUUAUGCUUUCGGUUUGUUUGUCUGUAAACAGGAUUAUGCAAAAACUACCAGUCCUAUUUUCAUGAAAGGUGGAGCAUGGGCUAAGGAAGAACCCAUUAAAUUUGAGUGGAUCCAACUCAUAAAGUGGCUCAAUAAAUUUAAUUUCACAUUCACUAAA